UCUCAAUGGCUUUGGUUCAGACAAAAGUAAUCGAGCACCGUUGAACCAUUAGCAUCGUUAGCUAGCAGCUCUGAGAAGAUGGCAUCCCCAGACCAACCUGACCAGCAAAAUCAGAACGCUGCUCCAGCCAGAGAGGAUGCGGGUCCAAGAGAAGCGCUGAUUGCCACGGCAGUGAGGUUUCUACAAAACCAGCAAGUUCGUCAGAGCCCCCUGGCAACCAGAAAAGCUUUUUUAAAGAAAAAAGGUCUGACCGAUGAGGAGGUUGAUCUAGCCAUCCAGCGGUCCGGUAGUACGGAGGAGCUGCUGACUGUCGCUGUUCCUGGGCCCGCGCACAUCGCUCACCCUGCUCAACUGGCCCCGUACAGUCCCUCAGGUUACAGAUGGAGAGACUACAGUGCCCUGGCUGUCAUCCUGGCAGGAAUGGCCUUUGGCUUCUAUCAUCUCUACCGGAAAUACAUCCUUCCCCUCAUUAUGGGCAGCAAAGAGGACAAGAAGCAUCUGCAGCGGAUCGAGAGCAACAUCGCGGAUAUGAGUGGCACGCUGACACAGACAGUCACCCAGUUGCAGACGACCCUUGCUUCAGUGCAGGAGCUGCUGGUCCAGCAACAGAAGAAAAUACAGGAGCUGACCCAAGAGCUGGCUAACUCACAGGCCUCAUCUGCCACCAACCGCAUGCUGGAGUCUCAGAGCAUCAGUGAACUCAAGGCUGAGAUUGUCUCUCUUAAGGGGCUUCUUCUCAGCAGGAGACAGUUCCCUGCUUCACCUUCCGUUCCCAAAAUCCCUUCCUGGCAAAUUCCUCUCAAACCUGGGUCACUGUCCAACCCGUCCUCGGUCAACCACACCAACAGCAGCAGCGAUAUCUCGCCUGUUAGCAACGAAUCGGCCAACUCCUCCCCCAUCAAAGAGGGCAACAGCUCCCAGGCCACUCCGCCCGGUUCACACUGCCUGAACGGAGAUGUCGGCCUGGGCACGAUUCUCCCUCUGGACCUGAAAGACCAGGUCCGUAUGGAAGUUCAGGGGGAGGAGGAAAAGAAAGAGGACGACGAGGAAGAAGACGAGGAUGAUGACGUGACCCAUGCGGAUGAGGAAGACCACUUGAGCGUUCAGACAGAGGACCGGAGAGGAGGUGACGGACAGAUAAACGAGCAGGUGGAGAAACUGCGGCGUCCAGAGGGGGCGAGUAACGAGAGCGAGGUUGAUUAGAGAGUAACCCCCAACCAGACUUCAUCCGUCCAAUCGCCUUUUCCCAGGUUUCCUGAGAGUUAAUUUAAGUUCUGAUAUCACACCCUGGUUGCAGUAAAAUGGCUACCGUGAGCAUCAUUUAACACUGUAUGAGAGCGGCAGCUGAGGUGGAUUAUGCUCCUUUCACUGCAGCUCUUUUACCCCUUUUGACUUUUCAACAUGCAAACUUUCAACGUGCAAACCAGACUGUCGGCACAAACCUUCUGCAUGCCUGAACAAGCACAGCAACAGACCGAGAGAAUUAUGACUUUUCUUUUGCAAUCAGUCAGUUCAUACAUUUCCCCUAAAUGCUAGCUAGCUUUUUUUUAAUAGAGGCAGUCGUGCUCCAAAAAAAACCCAUUUAAGUGUACCAUAGCACUUCAAGUCAAUACAAACGUGAGCAAUUGCACUGUAGGGACUAUAGCAACAAAUUAGAGGCACCAAAGAAUCAGUAAGUUUUGAUCUGAUGCCGUUGGAUUUGUUUCUGUCGUUGCUUUGUGUUCAGUUCAGCAGUAAAGACUAGUUCACACAGUCCCAACACUGUCGGAUCAGCUUAUUCUUCGUGGACAUUGCUAUAGACCUCGUAGUGAAGAAACUCUCCUUCAAACGUUUGAGAUUGUGUAGUACACCGUGUUACAGCAGUCUGUGUAACAAAGCAGCCUUGUAUUUUGUGAUCAGAGGAUUUGAGACUUGUGUGGAAGAAAGAAAGAGAGGGAGGGAAACAUGUAUGAGAACAUAGACAAUGAGGCGAAAGAGAAAUGUGUUUGUCUCGGUCGUAUCUCUCCAGUCUCCAGCAGGGUAGCUGAUUUGGUUUAUGAAGUAUGUUAAUAAUCAAAUGAUCGACAAAUAACAGAUGUAUUAGUUCAUGCGGCUUGAAAUGUCAAGGAGGCUAAAAUCGGAAAUCUAAUACUGAAAGCCUGUUAUAUUGUAUUAUAUUACAUGACAAACCCUCCAGUCCAAAUUAUAUAGGCCUCCUGCAGUGAAUAAUCUUAACAUGAAACGGUGCUGGGGUUUUGUAAUUAAACUGUGUAAAACAAUGGAUGCUUCAGCGGAGGUGCUGACAGUUGUGCUUUUCUCUUUGGGGGCUUUUCUCUCAGAAAGUCCUGAGAGGAUUAAAAAAGAAGACGAAAAAAAAAAAUUCCCCUGUGAUGCAAAUGGAGAGUAACGUAUGAAUAUUUAACUAAUGAAAUUACUCACUCACCAGCUGAUGAGAAACAAAGCCAGAGAGAUCCUGGAGUGAGAACUAGAGCCUCAGAUCCAUCGUGACAUUUUCACUUUUAACAAAUGACCUUCAGAGUAACCGGAUUACAGCGCAGCCAGGUGAAUUGUGGGUCUGUGGCGGCACAAUGCGAAGGCACAAUGAAAGAGCUCAACCUGUCUGGCCAUGUGCGUAUGUUUUCUUACUUCCUAGAUUAGGUCUGACUUAACACUAACCCACACAAGAAUAGUAUAUAUUCAUAUGAUACAGUGGCAAGGGAAACCCACGUGUGUUCAUUUGAUCUGCAGUGACUUUUUUUCCUGAAAUUUGGGUGUUGCUAAAAAUCCAAACGUGAAGUAAAUGUUAGAGGAAUUGUUCAGCCAAAAAAUAAAAAUACAAAAAUCUGUCAUUUACUCACUCUCACGUCAUUUCAAACCUUUGCUGCUGUUGUCUGGAGUUAACAGCUCAAGAAGUGUAUCAGUCAGAAUCGUGAAUGAAUCAUUCAGAUCUGCGUCUUAUAUUGGAGCUUAACAGCUGUGGUGACUGAACACUGGAAAAACUCACAUGAAGUCUCUACCAGAUAUAACAUUUUCAUUCCUCAGAAGAAAGGCUGUUUGGAAUGACAUGAGAGUGAUAAAAAUAAAUGUUAUUUUUUGGCAAUCAGUGAAGUCCAUUUGAUCUUGAAGGUAAAUUGCAUUGUGUUGGUGUCAGAAGUGGCAUUGCAGAAUUCCAGAUAGUUAGCUGUUUAAGUGAAAGGAAGGAAGACCGUCGGCUUCAGAAUGAGACAGAGCUUUAGUGUGAGUGUGUGUGCAUGUACCAAUUCUGCUUAAAACCACAUUCAGGAGUUCCUGCUACUGGCAGGUUGUUUCUGGUAGCGUGGCGGCAGAGGCCUUCAAACAACAUAGUUUGCUCAUUUUAGCUAAUCAUUGUAAAGCCGCUGUGAGUGCUACUGAAUUAAUCAUCAUAUAAGCCACAGAUUCAGUGCCUAUUUUAAGAUGACGUUCUCAUCUCCAACUGUUUUUACGACCGUUUUGUUAGGAAUCUACAUCCUGCUGCUCAGUUUCAGCAAUUCAGAUUAGGGAUUUAAGCAUUUGUGUGUGUGUGUGUGUGUGUGUGUGUGUGAUGGAUCGGUUUUAUAAGUAAGCUUAAGUCAAAGGUCUGUAACGGUUUGUCUGAACUGCACAGUGUUGCUGUAUGUUGAUGUUGUUGACACCCUGCUGGUAUUUGUCACAGAGAAAUUAUUCUGGUAUGAAAAGAUGAAUGUACAUAAUUGUAAUAAAUUUGAUUUAACACAAA